CUUCGAGCCAGAACUCCCUUCAGUCCCCGCUGGUACGGAGUAGUAGUUGAGUGUUGAUUGUUGUUUUAUCAUUUAUCUUGUCGAUUUCUCCAUUUCAUCCCACCUGACACAAGGACCUGGUCCUUGUGCGCUCUCACGACUCUCAAAAUGGUGAACCUGUUCAAGCGGAUGCGGAAGUUGAAGACUAGGAUCCUCAACGUCCGCGUCGGAACAGGUGCUGCAAUCCUCCCAGCUGCCUCAAAAGCAACCGCAGAAUUCCCAGCCAUCACCCGACUGCACCUCACAUACGCCCGCAAGAUCUACGGCGGCCACCAAGGCGCACGACAUUUCUGGCGCAAUUGCCUGCCUCGCCUCAAGUACUACAACCCCGGGGUCCGGAUGACCGUCAAGCAAACCGAUGAGCAGGAAGGACCCGCCGCGUUAACGAUAUACUUCGCCGAGCAAGCCAGCAAAGCAGCGGCGCUGAACGCCUCCAAGGUUGAAGACAAGUACGCCCCUGCGCCAUCAGAGACAGAGAAGACGGCCGUCGUUGACCUCAAGAACCUCGAUUACAAGGAGAUCUGGAAGAAGGUUAAGAUGAUGACGGGGGCGGAGGAGCUGCCGGCGACUCCCGAGGAGGAGACCGAACUGAAGAAGCUGGAGCAGAUGCGUCAGCAGUCGGAUAAGGACCGCGCGCGUGUGACUGCUAUCCGGCAGGCGAAGAAGGACCAAGAGCGGAUGUUACAGGAGGCGAGAGGCGAGGUGGAGAGACUGAGGCAGUCGUAAGAUAUCGUUCUUUGGGGGUUUAUUUUUGGAGAAUGUCUUCUUCGCAUUCUGAGGUCUCCGGGUACAUAGCUCUGGUUUUUGAGAUGGGUCCUGACUGUGGGAAAACGACAUCGGCAUGAUCAAUUGUAACAUAGCCUUUCUUUUCUUUCUGAUCCUGUAGUUUUGGGAACACUCUUUUUACAAAAUUGUCUUGGGAAUGCUUGGGAAUAUUUGAAUUUGCGGAUAUGAGAGUUCUCACGACUCUGGCUCGUAAGUUACCUCAGUUGCAUAUCAACUUCA